AUGCCUCACAUCGACAUCUUGUUCAACCAGUUGCAGAAGAGAAAAACCGAGCCAGCGCAAGUUAAAACGGCUAUCGAUAAUUUUGAAAAAUAUAUUGUCGAUGUGAGAAAUAAAAUUGACGGCAUAAUAAAUGAAGCCAAAACUAUUUGCACCGAACCCCAAGGCAACAAAAGGAGACGUCGUAAUAAUAGGAGUCACGAUCACCGAGUUGCCGCAUUAGAAGUAUGCGACAAUAUAAUUUCAAUUCAAAGAUUAUUUGGUAGCCGCAUCCCUUUUUCCCCGAACACUUUGGAGAAUACUGUGGUACGUUUCCUGAUGUUGGAAACUACCUGCUUGGCUUAUCCCGAAUUAGAAAAAAAUCGUUUAAAGACAGAGUUGUCUGUUAUUUAUGGACGGAAUGAUUGCCGAGAUUUACAUGGAACUCUGUCUCUUUUGAAAUUUUUUAUACAAAAUAGUUUGGAGGAAACACUAAAAGAAACAAAAAAGCUGUUAGAAAUUAUUGUUACAAUUCCUAUGUCAACAACAGAGGCUGAGCGAAAUUUCUCAACAUUGAAAUAA